CUAAGAGGGAGGGACUAAUUCCCUUCCCCCGCCCCGGGGGCACUGGGGGGUCGAGACCCGCCGGGGUAAAGAGAGGCCUCGGCUCCUCGCGCCCGCGCCCCCGGCGUAGGCCCCAACUCGGGCUCCCGGGGCACCGGACAGAGCUGCCAGUCGUGUGCUCACUGAGAGGUGAGAGCCGCCGCGGUGAGCCACGAGGGGGCGCUGCGGAGCCAGGGGACACCCCUCCCCGCUCCCCUCGGUCUCCCGCCCCCUCCCUGCCCGCGCGCAAAACACACUCGCCGCCGAGGCAGCGCGGUGGAGCCCGAGCCGCGGCCGGAGCGGAGCCUGAGAACGGCGGCGGCGGCUGCGGCGGCACCAUGACCCUGGGCAGCUGCUGCUGCGAGAUCAUGUCCUCUGAGAGCUCUCCGGCCGCGCUGUCCGAGGCCGACGCAGACAUAGACGUGGUGGGCGGCGGCAGCGGUGGAGGGGAGCUCCCUGCCCGCUCCGGGCCCCGCGCCCCCCGGGACGUGCUCCCCCAUGGCCCCGAACCUCCUCGGGAGGAAGCCGAGGCAGAUGCAGCUGAGGAUGAGGAGUCCGGCGGCUGCUCGGACGGCGAGCCCCGGACUCUAGCGCCCCGGGGGGCGGCGGCCGCAACGGGAAGCCCUGGGCCGGGCGCAGCGGCCGCCCGGGGCGCGGCGGGGCCCGGGCCGGGACCACCGUCGGGGGGCGCGGCGACGCGGAGCCCGCUGGUGAAGCCGCCCUACUCGUACAUCGCGCUCAUCACCAUGGCCAUCCUGCAGAGCCCCAAGAAGCGCCUGACGCUGAGCGAGAUCUGCGAGUUCAUCAGCGGCCGCUUCCCCUACUACCGGGAGAAGUUCCCCGCCUGGCAAAACAGCAUCCGCCACAACCUCUCACUCAACGACUGUUUUGUCAAGAUUCCCCGCGAGCCGGGCAACCCAGGCAAAGGCAACUACUGGACGCUGGACCCGGAGUCGGCCGACAUGUUCGAUAACGGCAGCUUCCUGCGGCGCCGCAAGCGCUUCAAGCGGCAGCCGCUACCACCGCCGCAUCCACACACGCACCCUCACCCUGAGCUGCUGUUGCGUGGCGGGGCUGCGGCGGGAGACGCCGGCGCCUUCCUGCCAGGCUUCGCCGCUUACGGCGCAUACGGCUACGGGUACGGGUUGGCUCUGCCGGCCUACGGCGCACCCCCGCCAGGCCCGGCGCCGCAUCCUCAUCCACACCCGCACGCCUUCGCUUUCGCCGCCGCCGCUCCUUGCCAGCUGUCUGUACCCCCAGGCCGUGCCGCUGCGCCUCCACCGGGACCUCCGACGGCCUCGGUGUUCGCGGGCGCAGCCUCAGCUCCCGCUCCUGCGCCUGCCCCGGGCACAGGGUCGGGCCCGGGCCCCGCAGGCCUGCCCGCCUUCCUGGGCGCAGAGCUGGGCUGCGCCAAAGCCUUUUACCCCGCGUCACUGAGCCCUCCCGCAGUCGGCACCGCGGCCGGUUUGUCCACCGCACUCUUGCGCCAGGGCCUCAAGACGGACGCGGGCGGUGGUGCGAGCGGCGGGGGCGCCGGGGCCGGGCAGAGGCCUUCUUUCUCUAUAGACCACAUCAUGGGCCACGGUGGCGGCGGGGCAGCACCCCCCGGCGGAGGCGAGGGCUCCCCAGGAUCGCCAUUCGCGGCGGCGGCGGGUCCUGGGGGUCAAGCCCAGGUCUUGGCCAUGCUGACUGCCCCGGCCCUGGCUCCAGUGGCCGGCCACAUCCGCCUCUCACACCCCGGGGACGCGCUCCUGUCCUCAGGGCCUCCGUUUGCCGGCAAAGUUGCCGGUCUCAGUGGCUGCCACUUCUGACCGCGUUAGACUCAGGGCCAGUUAGGCCCGCACUCCUCAGCCUCUCCCGGGAGCUCCUGCGGUCCCAGCGGAACUCAGGGAGUCUAUUUAUGAAGAGUCUCCAGAUCUUGAGUCGGCGCGUGUGACUUGGCACUUCAGGCUCCACGCUCAGUCUCGCUGAUAGUUGGGCCGAAGCGGGCUCCAUCGCUCAGGGAGAGGCUCGGGUCUACGCGACGAGUUCGCAAGCCACGAUCCCAUUCCAAUUUGAGCAGUGAAAGGGGAAGGAGGGAGCCUUCGCUUUUCCCCAGCCUCUGCGCCUCUCGGCAGCCCGGGAAGAAUGCUUUACCGGAGAGAUGCUUGCCCAGGCCCUUCGGAUCCCGCCAGAAACCCCAACUGUGCAGAGAGGUCUCCCUUUCUGCCUCUCUCGCAUUCUUUCCCCUACUUUGAGGGUCUUUGCAUCUGCCUUGCUCUCCGAAGCCCAAAGCAGUGUCUACACAGGCAAAGCUGAAUGCAGAGGUGAAGCGAGGGAGUCUCCACACUCUCUGCGGAAAGCUCGGAUCCCACUCCACUGAGGAACAGCCUCCCUUUUCUGUGUUGGGGUGCUUUUGAAGGAACUUUUCCCCUUUCCCGUGGCCGGCUGGGUCCAGCCAUCCAGGGCCAGCAGCCCUCUCAGCGUUCUGCUCUGUUCCAGGCCCUGGGAUAUUUAUUGUAGCUAAAGGCAGUGAGGUUGGGGUGGCAGAGGUGGGUCUGGGUUAGGGACUGGAGAGGUGGGGAUGGGGUGGGCGAAGGCACAUCCUGUGGCAGGGGGUCCUGUACUUGUGUAAAUAUCCAUACAGCGAGUGGGCUGCUAUCUGCGUUCUCUGUCCACUGGGUGUGCAUUAAUUUAGACUUCUCCAUGGGCCGGGAGACUCUGUGAAAUCGUCCGAUGGUUUGUGUGGAAGAAAAGAAAAACCUGUCUCCCCCCACUCCCUGUUGGUGUCAUUUGAAUAAAUGUAUGUGAAUUCCAGCAGUCACCAGCUCUGUCUGCUUGCCUGCACUGCCCUUUCCUACUCCAGGCUCUU